AUGACGCCACCACUUACUAACAACAACUCUGAACAUGACCCACAGAUACAACAUAGCACAAUGGAACACCUCAACUCUCCCACAAAUAAACUGAAAAGGUACAAUCAGGACGAAAAUACUGACUUUGAAGGCUACAUUAUACCCAAGAAAAUUUCGUACGCACCAAGACCAACUAUCAUACCGACGAGAACAUCCAACAGUUUUUCUGCAUUACAGACAAUGAAUAAUAACACGGACCCUACACCAUCCAGUAGUAACAAUACACAAUACAAAAACUCUACCACGCCAAAAACGUUUAAACCACCUCCUAUUAUUAUCAGACCAGCAAUGUCCGCUAUGGCAUUACGAAAAGCUCUAUUAGAUGCUAAAAUCAAAAACUUUACCAUUCGUUCAAAUAGGGACGAAACCAAAUUGUAUUUGGACCUCAAACCAGACUACGAAGCUGCAAUACAUGUCCUAAAUGUCAGCGAUGAAAUUCAUUUUCACACCUACUCCCCACGCGGUUCAAGGCCGCUUAAUAAAUUCAUCAUUAAAGACUUCAGAAUAAAAAUAAAAAUUCGCAGAGUGGCUAUUGAGGGAAUGAUUCGAUGUUCCUACGAGUCUGACGAUCCCUGCAAAAGCACUAAUUCAAAGAGGAAGGUUACAGUUAGAGCUAAAGAAUUAGCUUUGUCAAGCUUACUAAUUCACAAUGAGGCUACAGAGCUAAAAAAGCUCAUAGAAUAA